GAGGAAGCAGCAGAGCCAUUUUUACUGUUGAGUAACUGCACGCUGCUCCGUCUCUGCUAGAGAGAGAGAGAGAGAGAGAGUGAGAGAGAGUGCUAGAGAAACAAAGUGCUCCUCCUGGAUCUCACCGGAGCUCUCUCUCCCCUCUCUCUCUGUUUCCUCACCUUCUUCUCCCCCUCUCUUGCCACUGGUGUCUGUUUGAGUGGGGGAGGCCCUGGAGAGGACACACAAUGGGACGAAGAGCCUGUGGCAACUGGGCCGUUGUACUGCUGAGAGGGGGAUGGGGUAGAGAGAGGACCGGCUCACACAGCUAACACAGCCCGCCGGCUGCAGGCCUACACAGCCUCUCCUCCCCGCCUGGAUCCACUCUCUUCCCAGGCUCCUUUCUGGGGCCUUUUUCCUGGAACAACUACCCUCAAAAUCCGCUUUGACUACACUAAGGAUUACUAACCAUGUACGUUGGGAUUUUAGGACACAUUCUGGAGUCUGAAGAAUAAAUCCUCCCUGUGUUGUGGAUACGAGAAAUGGGAGAACAAACUUUUGUUUAAUUCUCCUCGUUCUUUUUUAAGUUUUGGUUUCUGUUUCUGUGAAGUGGAGUUCAUAAAUGGAUUACAAGAUGCAUGCCAAGUCAAAUGAUUUGCUGGAUUUUCAGAAACUGGAUGCCCUUCUGGAAAAAAUUGCACAUUCAGUCUCUGUGAAAAGAGAGUCCAGUGAGGAGUGCAAUGGGAUCAGCGGUGCUCUGUCAGUGGAGUCUGUGCCGGGGCCAAGACUGAACUGGUGUCCUGCCAACACCACUACCCCUGCCCCUGCUCCAGCUCCCGCUCCGGGACCUGAGCUCACGUCCAACCCUGUUAGCAUGGGGGACGGCCUGGACGCAGCACAGAUGUCGGGCAGUAGCAGCAGCCAGGGGCAGCCCCCCACACAGCCCCACAGCGGUGGCAACCCUUCACCCCCAGAGUACGUCAACGCUGAAAGGCCGAAGCGCCAGACCAACCAGCUGCAGUAUCUGCUGAAGGUGGUGCUGAAGGCCCUAUGGAAGCACCAGUUUUCCUGGCCCUUCCAUGCACCCGUGGAUGCAGUCAAGCUGAACUUGCCUGACUAUUACUCAAUAAUCAAAAUUCCUAUGGACAUGGGAACAAUCAAGAAAAGGCUUGAGAACAGUUACUACUUGAAUGCCCAAGAAUGUAUCCAAGACUUCAACACGAUGUUUACCAACUGCUACAUAUACAACAAGCCUGGAGAUGACAUAGUCUUAAUGGCUGAGGCUCUUGAGAAGCUGUUCCUCCAAAAGGUCUCAGAAAUGCCCGAACAAGAGACUGAGAUUGUUGUCAUGACAGGAAAGGGACGUGGUCGUGGGCGGCGAGACGCAGGUCUGAACUUGAAACCAGGACCCAUCAUUGAUUCUUCCUCCAUGACCCCACAAACACGUGGUCUGUCCAACCUCCCAGCAGGGCCACAGACCAGAGGACCAUUGCAGGGCCCGCCUUCUCUACCUCCCCAGCCUAUGAUGCAGGCCCUGCCCCCCCGUGUGCCCUCAACGUUACCCAGCCACGCGCCACAGCUUGGAGCUCCCUACUCCCUGGGCCCACCAGACUGCAGUCCUCAAGUCUCCAUCAUGACCUCUGUGCCUCCCCAACCGGCGACAUCCCUCCCCCCCACGUCCAUACAGAGCACUGCCCCAUUGCUGCAGAACCCUAUACCCAUGACCAAACAGAGAAAGAGCCAGAAAAGGAAAGCAGACACUACAACGCCCACAGCAAACGACCAGUUAAAUGAGUCUUCCCCAGCAGAGUCCAAGUCUGGGAAGACAUUGCCCAGGCGAGAGAGCACCCGGCCUACUAAACUGAUUAAGAAGGAUGCCCCAGACUCCCAGCAUCAUAUGGACAUGGGGAUGGGACUGAGUGGACCAAGCGGAGGCCAUAGCCCCAAGCCGCAGGAUCAGCUGGGCUAUUGCGCUAGCCUCAUUCGGGAUAUGCUCUCCAAGAAGCACGCUGCUUACGCCUGGCCAUUCUACAAACCUGUGGAUGUGGAUGCGCUUGGACUACACGACUACCAUGAUAUCAUCAAACACCCCAUGGACCUCAGCACCAUCAAGACCAAGCUGGAGACCAGGCAAUAUAGGGAAGCCCAGGAGUUUGCUGCUGAUGUACGGUUAAUGUUUUCCAACUGCUACAAGUAUAAUCCACCAGACCAUGAGGUGGUGUCUAUGGCACGCAAGCUACAGGAUGUUUUUGAGAUGCGUUUUGCCAAGAUGCCAGAUGAACCUGAGUGCAAACCGCUGGUGUCCGUUCCAGCUCCUACACUGCACCACCCUGCCCCCGUCAAGCCUCAGCCGCCUUUGGGUCGCGUUGCCUCCUCCUCCGACAGCUCCAGUGACUCGUCCUCUGAGUCAGAGUCUUCCACAGACGACUCUGAGGAGGAGAGAGCCCAGAGGUUGGCGGAGCUCCAGGAGCAGUUGAAAGCUGUCCAUGAGCAGCUGGCUGCCCUGUCCCAGCCACAAGCCAGCAAACCAAAGAGAAAAGAGAAGGAGAAGAAAGAGAAGAAGAAGGACAAGCAUAAAAAGAAAGGUGGUAUGCCUGCUGUGGUGGAUGAGAUACAGGAUGCUACGCCAGUUUCGCAGCUCUCAAAGAAGACAAAGACCAGUAACAAUAGCAACAAGGAGCUUGUUCCCAAGAAGAAGCCGAGUAAAAAGGAAGGGAUGAAAAACAAUCACCCCGCCAACCUGCAGCCACUUCCCAACAUGGAAGACGACCUGGGGGCAGCUGGGUCAUCAGCCACAGGGGAAAAGUGCAAGCCCAUGUCCUACGAAGAGAAAAGGCAGCUGAGCUUGGACAUUAACAAGCUCCCUGGGGACAAACUCGGCCGUGUGGUGCACAUCAUCCAGUCCAGAGAGCCCUCACUCAAGAACUCCAACCCCGAUGAGAUCGAGAUUGAUUUUGAAACGCUCAAACCCUCGACUCUGCGUGAGCUGGAGAGAUACGUGUCUUCCUGCCUCCGCAAGAAGAAAAAGGUUCCAGUUGAGAAGCCUAUGGAGGCCAUGGCUGCCUCGAAAAAGGCUGGGUCUUCUUCAGGGAGCAGUGGGUCCAGCUCAGACAGUGAAAAUGAGGAGACAGGAAUGGUCCCAAAGCAGCAGAAGAAGAAAGGCCAGUCUGUGAAAGAGGGAAAGAAGGCGCAUCCUCACGUUCAGGGCGGUCCUGCAGCUCCGACUGGGCUUCAUUCCCACAUUUCCGGUCUCCAGCCCAGUGCUCAGAUGAAGCAGCAUCAGCCGUCUCCUGCAGGCUUCAUGGCUCCUCCUGUCACUGCUCUGGAAUCUUCCCAGAUGCUGGAGAAUAGCUUUGACUCCCUGCCCCAUUUCGGUCAGCCCCUCAUGCAUUUACCCGAUCACACAGGCAACUCCUCCUCACCUGCGCCCCCCCACCUCAAUGCCCACUCUACUGCUGGCCCAGUGUCCCCUGAGACUCACCCCUUCCUCAACCAGCAUCCCGUCCUCCCAUCUCCAGCCUUGCACAAUGCCAUGCCUCAGCAGCCCUCUCGGCCCAGUCACAAGGCAGCACCUCUACCUCCCAAACCCCCGCAGCAGCAACCACCACCUCCUCCACAACAGCCAACCCUACCACAACAGCAGCAACAACAACAACAACAGCAGCAACAGCAACAGCAGCAACAACAGCAGCAGCAGCAGCAGCUCCAGCCCCAGUCAGCUGCCCCAUCUCAGCACCAACUCCCUUCUCACAUCCUCCACCCUGCUCAGCCCCUGCACCAGCGGCCCAUAUCCCCCCCAACACUCACCCCACAGGGCUUGCUGUCCUCCCAGCCUCCCCAGAUGCUGUUGGAGGAUGAUGAGGAGCCAGGGCCUCCGAUGCCUCUAAGCCAAGUGCAGCUCUACCUGCAGCAGCUCCAGCAAGGUCGACAGCCCCAGCAACCAAUGCAGUCCCUCCAGACUCAGGCUCGUCAGCAGCAGCAGCAGCAGGCAGGCCAAGCCCCUCUCCUGCAGUCUGUCCAGGUGCAAUCUCAGAUGUCCUCACAACCCUCCCUGCCUCCUCCCCAGCUGUCUGUGCAGUCCCAGGCUCAGACAGCCCAGUCACACCAGGCGCAACCCCAACAGAUGCCCCCGCACCAGGCCCGGCACAUGCAGCAUGGUCAGCAACAGCAACAGCAGCAAAUGAGCUACCAACAGGGCCCUGGACAGGCUGCUCAGUCACAGGGAUCACAACACAAAGUGUCUAUGCCUGCCAACAAAGCACAGCAGAUCAUUCAGCAGCAACAACAACAACAACAACCCUCCCCUCGGCAGAUCAAGGCUGACCCAUAUAACGCAGGUCACCUGAGAGACAACCCCUCCCCUCUCAUGAUGCAUUCCCCACAACUACCCCAGUAUCCACCUGUGGUUCACCAGUCUCCACCUCACAACAUGCAGCCCAAAAAGCAGAGGGUCCCUGUGAGCCACAGUGGAUCAAAGGAGGAGAAGCUUCCCCCAUCACCAGCCCUGAGAGGAGAGCCCUUCAACCCCGCAAUGAGACCAGACCAUCACAAACACCCCGAUAACAAGCCCUCUCAGCCGGGCCACAGCCAACAGAAUGUGAAACCUAUGGACAGCUCGCGGCCUGUCAUCCAGUCAUCUGAGCCCAGUGGGCUGCCCUCCUCCCUGCAAGACAAGGAUAAGUUCAAGCAGGAGUCGAAGGCACCCGUUGCCCCCAAAAAGGUACAGGAAGUGAAACUGAAGAAUAUGGGCUCAUGGGCCAGCCUGGCACAGAAGUCCACAUCAGCGCCCUCGUCGGCAGUGAAGUCAUCGAGUGACAGCUUUGAGCAGUUCCGCCGUGCUGCGCGGGAGAAGGAGGAAAGGGAGAAGGCCCUGAAAGCGCAAGCCGAGCAAGCAGAGAAAGACCGGCUACGCAGAGAGCAGGAGAAACUACGGGUUCGGGAUGAGGACGACGUCAUGGAGCCGAGCAGACGGGUGCAUGAGGAGUCCCGCAGGCGGCUGGAGCAGCAGCACAUCCAGGCCCCCUCGCAACAGCAGCAAGAGCCCCAGCCCACCGCGGUCCAGCAGCCCCCCCAGCCCCCCACACCGCCUCACCCUGCCACGCAGAACCCGCUGGACCAGCAGAGGGAGCUAGCACGCCGCCGAGAGCAGGAGAGGAGGAGGCGAGAAGCGAUGGCAGCAACCAUCGACAUGAAUUUCCAAAGUGACUUAAUGGCUAUCUUUGAAGAGAAUCUGUUUUGAGGAGAGGAGCAACUGAAACAUAACUGCAAAAAAAUAAUAAAAAAAAAAAUAAUAAAAACAAAACAAGAAAAAAGAAACAAAAAACGAAUGAUGUAAACAUGAAGAGAUUGGUGAUCAUGUACUGCAGAGGGACAAGGACCGUGUGGACAUGACAAAGCCCUCAGAAACGCAGACGAACAAGGCGAACGGGCUCUCACUGCCCCCUGUGGACCCAAAGUACAUGACAAACAGGGAUACUCUCAUGGUUUCUGAUGUCAUUUCCUGUGGAUUUGGCAUUGCCUGCCUGAUCAUAACGAGAGAAAGAGAGAGAGAGAAAGAAAGGACUCCUGCUGGCACACUUGUUGUCGUCACACUCGUUUUUUCCCCAGUGUGCGCGGGCGCAAAAGGCAAACAAUAAUUGUAAGAGGACAGACAUCCAACAAUAACUAUGAAAAUGCUCUGAUUAAGUCCUGACAGACUGUGCCGUGGUGUUCUGAAACUGCCUGAUGUCUGAGGUGGUGAAGAGGACUGGUCCUUUAUGUUCUGUACUGUUUUUGUUUUGUUGUAAGUGAACACAUGCAACAGUGGGAGGGGUGGGCUGGGGGGUGGGUGGUUGCGGGGACGGGGGGGAGGGGGGACUUACAUACUGUAAAUCAUGUAUAUUUCUCAGCAGAGAAGGUACAGUUUGCCUUACACCUCUUUCCUAUACAGACCAUAACGUUCUGUGGCCUGAACACACGAACAAACCAAUAACAACAGUUCGCGCCAGGAGUAGAAGCAGCGCAGACCUUUUUUGCAUCAUCUAGUAUCUACUGUAAAGAAGUAUUUUCUUAUACUACAAUAACUGUUUAUUUUGGAUCAUGUUGUUUUUUUCCUCUCUUUUCGGUUUUUAAACCUUACACCGAUACACUCCGCCGCCUAUGUCUAUGCCAAACAACCCCAUUUACCUUUUAUGCUAAAUUCCUUGUCCUAUAACAUGUAGGUAGCUAGUGCAAAAACUCCCUAAUAUAUGCAUUAUCAUAAUUCCAGCAAGUAUUUAUGAAAGACAGAAUCAUUUGAAGUUUUCAUAAUGCCUUGUCUUUUUUUUUUUUUUUUUGGUUUUGUUUUGUUUUGUUUUGUUUGUUUGUUUGUUUUAUUUGGAACUUAGAGCAGGAUCUUGCCAGCAGAGAGUGGGAAAAGUCCAGCUGUUUCUGAGCUUUUAGUUAGACUAUGAUUUCACUACAACACCAUUAUGUGUAUUACACCUUUGGGGCGGAAAAGUUUCUAUCAUUGGCCUCUUCACAGCAGACGCGCACCGUCACACUACUGAACCAAUCUGUGAGAUGAGUAGCUCCUUGUUGCUCCCUCCGUCGGACACAACUUUGCCUCGCUCUGAUCAGAAACCAUAGGUGUUUGAUCAAAAAUGUGGCGUGCAAAGAUUGUUUGAGCCAGGACGGAGGGACGACCAAGGGAAUAAGAUACAAACACUGAACACCUUUCUGUAGCUGUUACAAGGAAUCACUUUCGUCAAAAAUAAUAACAACACAACAAAACACAAUAAACAAAUACAAAAGUCAGGAAAUGGAAAACUUUGGGGGAAAGAAAAAACAGUUUUGAUUUUUAUCUUUGUUCUUGUUCGAUUAAUCGUGGAUGUGAGUUCUGAUUCUGUUAUCGGAGACAUCGGUCGGACCGGAAAUCGGCUGAAAAAUUUGAGCGACUCUCGUCCUCUCCACUUGUCUCGUAUGGUGUUUUUUCUCCAGUGCCUGUAUUGUAUUGCGAUUCUCGUUGGCUUCUAUUACACUUGGGAAGGGGUGAGAAAGGGGCGAGCGAGGACUGGAUGGUGUAAUAUUUCGAAAGGGGAGGGAGAUUCUCGGAAUGGUUUGUGUAAAAACAAAAACAACAAAAAAAAAACAACAAAAAAACACAAAAAAAGGAAAAGUCAGCGUUUUAUAUUUUACCCGUUUA